AGCCUCCCGUCAUCUCUUCCUUCCCACGUCUACGCCAUCGCCAACAUGCCAGUGACAUUCGCUGUCUCUCCAGUGGCUCCCUGCGAGAUUCGCACGCACCGGAAUCAGCCUCCCGUUCAAAUACUGCAGCAAGCCUGCAAUCCGCCGCCGAACGACAUGGCUGCGCUUUUGCAGUGUUCGAUCGGCAAAGACGAGCAUCUCGCGCUUUGCCCGGACAACAACGGAUUCGUGCAUGCCGUGAUGAAUGCGUACGCGACGCAUCACCACCUCGUCAUUCGUCCCGACGACGUGUGGAUCGCUAUACUCACUCAACUGAACUUCUACGUCAACGCCCAUGCGGAGGAGCUCCGCGCUUACUUCGUUGCACACGAGGGCACCCGCAGGCUCCUCGUUGAAGACGUGGGCACCCGCCACAGUGUUGACUUCGGACGGCUCGCGCGUGCUAUGACACGAGAGAUCCACAAGAACGUGGUCGACAGCACGCUAGCCGAAUGGAUUCUGCCAGACUUUACCACCACUACCAUUAAGGACAGCACGAUCUGCUCGGUUCUGAUGAUGUCUACUCUGAAGGCGUACUUUGAAUAUUUCAUGGGCAUCACCUGCGGCAUCCCGACCGUCACGCUUGAGGGCACCAAAGCCGACUGGGAGCGCAUCGUGAAGAGACUCGAGCGUCUGUAUGAGCUCGGCGACGAGCCAUCUGCGUGGGCCAACAUGCUUUAUCCUAUCCUACGCCGCUUUGUCUCUGCCUUCGAUGGUAAACCCGACACGGCAUUUUGGAAGCACGUCGUGUACCGGCAGGAGGAGUACUGCGGGCAGGACGACCUGAAUGGAUGGCUAACGGCCUUCUGCGUGUGGACCAAGGAAGGCACAUGGAAGGCAGGGCCGCUCGAUCCCUUGCUCGCAAUUCCCCGCCCGGACCCGGCUGCCCUGACCGCACGUUUAUUUUCAGGCGACUUUUCCGCAUCCUACACUCUUGACGGUGUCCCAUACUUCACUAUUGACGUCGGGAGCAUCCCAGCUGGGUACGCAGAGGUGGACGUGACGGUCGUCGAUAACGGGCAGCCGUUCCCUUGCAAGAUGAUUGCCGGGCACUUGGCGACCGUGGCGACGGCGAAGGAGCCUGGAGGGGUGCUCAACACGAUCGCACCUGCUCCGCAGUGGUUCAUGGUCGAGAAGAAGACAUCGUGA